CUAGUUUGUGACCCAAAAAAUUACAGUAAUAUUUAUAACUGCUGCUGAUCUUUCUACUUUUCUGAAUUUUACAAUUCCUCACACAAAACCAAUUACCGUUAAAUGAGUACCACAAUUCACAACUUACAUAAGUUUCACAUUAUCCUUUCCAUAUUCUAACGAGUUUCACAAUUCAAUUGUGUUUCACAUGAUCCCUAAAAACCAGCAAUAUAACAUUAUACAUUGAAGGGCGAAUGUCGUCUAUAUAAAAAAAGGGCUAAGCAGCAAUGAGUUCUCAAAGACUUUCUAAGCUCAAGCAUUUUCAAGUUCGAAAAAAAAAAAAAAAAAGCAUUCUUCAAGUUAUAUAUUUCAGCCAUGCAGAACUUGUAUUCUAAUUCCUCUUACUGCUACCUAGCUAUCCUUCUAUUUUUCCUCGUAAUUUUAUUAGUAAAACACUUGCUUCAUCCCAGAAAACAUUUACCACCUAGUCCUUUGUCUCUCCCAAUAAUCGGCCAUCUUUACCUUACAAAAAAUUCACUUCAGCAAACAUUUACCUCCUUAUCAACUAAAUAUGGACCGGUUUUAUAUCUCCGGUUCGGUUGUAGAAAUUUGCUUGUUGUGUCUUCUCCAUCGGCUGUGGAAGAAUGCUUCACAAAAAACGACGUACUAUUUGCGAACCGGCCACGUAGCAUGCUAGGAGACCGGCUUUCUUUUAACUAUACUGCUAUGUUUUGGGCACCGUAUGGCCAUCUAUGGAGAGUUCUCCGCCGUCAAACGGCUAUUGAACUCUUUUCUUCAAACAGUCUUCAAAAGUCUUCUUUAAUUCGGGACGAAGAAGUUUCGAUUUUAAUUCGAUCUUUGUUUAAAGCCGGUAAAAAAAGUACACGUGGAGGAAUCAGAGUUAACUUGAGCUGUUGCAUUUUUACCUUUGUGUUUAAUGUUAUGAUGCGAAUUGGUACUGGAAAAUGUUGUGUAAGUGAGGAAGAUAUUGGAACCGAGAAGGGCAAAAACUUAAUUGAAGAGAUAAGGUUUUUUUUUACUGCAAACUUGUCGAUUUUGAACAUGUGUGAUUUCUUGCCAGUGUUGAAAUGGAUUGAGUACCAAGGGAUUGAGAAAAAGAUGAACUUAACGAACACGAAGAGAAAUGAAUUCUUGAGCAGAUUACUUGACGAACUUCGACAUAGUUGUGCUAAGGGAAAGAAGACGACGCUGGUUGAGAAACUCUUGUGUCUUCAAGAAUCUGAACCUGAAUUCUACACAGAUGAUCUCAUUAAAAGUAUUCUACUGGCUUUGUUCGUUGCGGGAACAGAAACAACAUCAAUGACUAUUCAAUGGGCGAUGCGACUUCUUUUAGCUCAUCCUGAGGCAUUUCACAAGCUGAGAGCUGAGAUUGAUAGCAAAGUGGGAAACGAGAGCUUGCUAAACGAAUCUGAUCUCACUAAGCUUCCUUAUUUGCAAUGUGUUAUCAAUGAGACGUUGAGAUUGUACCCUCCAGUACCACUUCUAUUGCCUCACUAUUCAUUAGAAGAUUGUACCAUUGGAGGCUACGAUGUACCAAAACAUACGAUCCUGAUGGUUAAUGCUUGGGCCAUUCAUAGGGACCCCGAGUUAUGGUACGAGCCAGAAAAGUUUAAGCCGGAGCGAUUUGAGGCUAUGGAAGGGGAAAAAGAAGGGUUCAAUUAUAAAUUUGUACCCUUUGGAAUGGGGAGAAGAGCAUGCCCUGGAGCCACUAUGGGCUUACGCACUGUUGCAUUGGUUUUAGGCCCGUUGGUUCAGGGUUUUGACUGGAAAAGCGUGGAAGAGGAAAAUAACCUGGAUGCAUGCUACAAUUCUAAAAUAACCUCGAAUAAGGAUAAGCCUUUGGAAGCUAUUUGCAUUCCGCGAGAGAAUUGUAUUCAACUCCUUCCGCAGCUGUGA